AGUGUCAGGGUCUGCACUCUUGUUCGACUUGUCUCGGUUGUAGGGAACAAACGUGAGGACUCUAGAAGAUUUUUGUUUUCUUUAAGUGAUUUUAUAAACUUUGACUUACACAUCUGUUGUCAACAUGAAUCCACCUGCUGACUGUGCCGAGACCUCAGCACUGAAAAAGAAACCGGAUAUGUAUGGGGAGCGCAUAAUAAAAGAAAAGGCUGAGAAACAUUAUGAAGCAGGUGUUGAUGCCAUGUCCCAGUCUCACUUUGACAAGGCUGUGUCCUGUUUCUCAAAGGCCAUACUACUCCAGUCACACCAGACUGAGUUUUAUGUGCAGCGAGCAGAAGCAUAUCUUCAGCUGUGUGACUUCCAGUCUGCGGCACUAGAUUACAAACACGCCUGCGGUCUGGAACCCCAAACUGAGGCCUACCCUCAACGACUUGCCUUCGUCUGCUACCUGCAGGGCCAGUGUUGUUUUGAUUUAGGGAAGUUUCUUGAGGCUCUGGAGUCUUUCACAAAAGCUGCAGAACUUAAACCCUCCUUCCGGCCGUAUCACAUGAGAAGUUUGGCUUGUCUGACCGCUCUGGGCCGUUACUCUGACUGUCUUCAGUUGGUCAAUAAUUGGCUGAAGAUGGACGGCCAGUCAGCAGACCUCUUCACUCUGAGAGCUCGCCUUCACCACCAGCUCAGUCAGAUGACUUUAUGCUAUCAUGACUUGAGGUCAGCACUCAGAUUGAAACCAUGCUGUCCAGAGGCACAGGCACUGUUGAAGAGGAUGAAGGAUGUAGCGAAGGAUUCCCAUCAGGCAGCUGUUAAUAAGGCUUUGAAGGGAGAGCUUUCAGAUGCACUGGGGAAAAUAAACACUGCUCUGGAGUAUAACCCCAAUAAAGCACAGUACUACCUCUUUAGGGGGAUUCUGUAUCGGCGCCUGAAAGACUUUACUGCUGCUAUCGAGGACUUGGUCCUUUCUGUUGAGUUCGGUGGAGCUGGAGAAGAUCCUCCUCAUGGAGACAUGCGGGACCGCUCUUUAGAUUUAGAGGAAGAUGCUCAGACCCAGCUGGUGCGCACAUACAAUGAUUUUGCCAUUCAGUGCUUCUCCCGGGGUCUGUACGGCGAAGGCAUCAUGCUGCUGAACAAGGCCAUAGAGAAAGACAGAAACGCAAGUGAACUGUUCAUCAACAGAGGAGAUUGUUUUUUUAAGCAGUGUGAGUGGACUUUUGCACUGGCUGACUAUGAGCAAGCAGAGGAGAUGGACCCUGACAACACGGCUAUCUGGCUACGACUAGCUAUUAUUCACAAUACACUGGGUCUGCAUUGCUAUAAAGACAAGAAAUACCAGGAAGCAGCAGACAAGUUUUCUGCUGCAAUAAGGUACAACCCUGGAGUAGGUCAGUAUUAUGAGAAUCGAACCAAAGCUUACAGCAAGGUGGCCAAAAUGGAAGAGGCCAAGAUGGAUGCCAUCAGAGUCCUUAUCUUAGAGCCAACCAAUGAUCAGGCAAGUCUCUCUUUUCACAUUCCCAAACUACGAUAA